ACCCCUUUAAAAACCACCACCUUAAACCUCUUCUUCAGCUGAAAAACAAAACCAUAAGCUAAAAAAAAGAGUUAUUAUCGAUGCAGACCUCAUAUUGUGUGAAGGAAAACAAACCCUGUGUGGGUUGGGUUCAAAACUACUUCAGUGACUGUCUCUGCAAUGUUAAUGAUAACAUUUCAUUCACUUUUGGAUUCAUCAGUUUAAUUUGUUGGGGUGUUGCUGAAAUUCCUCAAAUUAUCACUAAUUUUCGUGCUAAGUCUAGCCAUGGUGUUUCUAUUGUCUUUCUUCUUACUUGGGUUGCUGGAGACAUAUUCAAUCUGGUCGGUUGUCUUCUAGAACCAGCUACGUUGCCAACCCAAUACUACACAGCUCUGCUUUACACAAUCACAACGAUCGUAUUAGUAGUGCAAAGCUUCUAUUAUGACUACAUCUAUAAAUGGUGCAAGCGUCGUCAAAAGAUCAACAUUGAAGAGACUUAUGAAGAAGAGAAAAAACCUUUGAAACCAAAAGAAAGAUUUGAGUUAGGGAUUCCAAUAAGAAGUGGUAGACACAGAGCAAUACCUAAACCAGAAUACUACUAUGGAUCAGCAAGAUCAUUGGCUGGUAAUGUUACUCCACCAUCUCGUACUUACAUGAGAGUUGCUAAGAGUGGACCUUCGGCAAUGGGAUUGAACGAAGAUUCAUCUUCUGAUGAUGAGGCGCAUUCGGUUCCUGCAACACAGCCUAGACAAAUCCCUCGUUCUGCGGGAAGCUAUGGAACGUUUCUAGCAGCAUCAAUUAACUUGCCCCAUCAGAGUAAUGCUUUGAAAGUCGGAUACAUAGCACUAAGUGGAAGAAAACUACUCUCCCAGGAACAUGUAACACACAGUGCAUUGGGUCAAUGGUUGGGAUGGCUCAUGGCUGCUAUCUAUACCGGUGGUCGGAUACCUCAAAUAUGGUUAAAUAUCAAAAGAGGGAGUGUUGAGGGUUUAAAUCCUUUCAUGUUCAUCUUUGCACUGAUUGCUAAUGCCACUUAUGUGGGAAGUAUUCUUGUAAGAACUACAGAAUGGGAAAGCAUCAAAGCUAAUAUGCCAUGGUUGCUGGAUGCCAUAGUUUGUGUUGCAUUGGACUUAUUUAUAAUAUUGCAGUACAUCAAUUACAGAUACCAUCGAAAGACAACAACAUCAAGUGACUAUGGUAAUUAUCAAGACUACAAAGAAGCCAGAAAAACUAUUGUUUCUUGAUUUGUGGAGUUGUAACAUUAUUUUUUAUUUUAACAAAUAUUAUAUUAUUCUACUAACAUUCAGCUAUUAGUGGUUGAGUCUUGGUGUAGUAUUAUGUGGACUA